AUGGCGUCGUCAACACUUCCUCCAUUACCUGCCAAGUUAAAACCUAUUCAACAUUAUUUAAAAACGGCUAUAGAACAUGAACAGCGAGAUGCAGUGAUUGCAUAUUACUGUCAGUUGUAUGCAAUGCAAAAAGGAAUGGCUAUUGAUAGGAAAUCUCCUGAUUGUUUGAAAUUUCUCAUGUCUUUAAUGGAGCUGCUUGAAAAGAAAAAGACAGAAUUCAGUGAUAAUGAAGCUAUUCACAAUGAAGUUGUUGGACAAGCCCAUGUUGAAAACUAUGCUUUAAAAGUUUUUCUGUAUGCUGAUAAUGAAGAUAGAGCUGGAAGAUUUAACAAGAAUGUUGUCAAGUCUUUCUAUACAGCUGGCAUGUUAUUUGAUGUCUUAUCAAAUUUUGGAGAAUUAUCUGAUAUGGUUGAAAAAAAUAGAAAAUAUGCAAAAUGGAAGGCAGCUUAUAUACAUAAAUGUCUGAAGAAUGGAGAGACCCCUGUACCUGGUCCUUUACCUGAAGAUGGUGAUUGUAACCUACUAUUGGACAAUAAACAUAGUGUUAUAUGUAUUACAGAUGAAGAAGUAGGUCAACCACCAGCCCAUAUAGCACAAGAUGGUAUGAUGCCACCACCUUCUGGAGGAGGAAGUAUGCCACCACCUUCUGGAGGAGGAAGUAUGCCACAACCUGGUGGAUCGGGUGGUUUAAAUCUACCAGGACCUAUGGAUGGUAGUAUGUAUAAUCCUGCUACAGGAUCCUAUGCACCUCCAACAACUCCUCAAGACACACCUAGAGCAGUAACACCAGUCAAUCCACCACCACAACAACCAGUUAAUACGUCAUGGGCUCCACAACCCAAUCCAGCUGGAGUGAAUUUAAGUACAUCAGAAUAUCAAAGGGCGAUGAAGUUAUGUAAAUUUGCCAGUAGUGCUCUUCAAUAUGAAGAUUCUAAAACAGCCAUUGACAACUUAUCAAAAGCUUUAAAACUGUUGACAACUGGGUCUGAAUCGUAG